CAGAAAUUGAAAGUCUUUGCCCUUUCCUGCAAUUUCCUCAUCUUAAGCUUCAAAGUCUUUUCAAAACUACAAAAAUCCCUAAUUGAUCCUGAUUCUUUCCUCUCUGAAAUCUUCGAUUCUGUCCUGAAAGAAGGAAAAUCUUUGCAAGCAAUACCCAAAUUCACAUUUUUUCUUUUUUCUCUUCCUUACUAUUUUGUUACACACACACACACACAUGUCGGAGUCGCCGAGCUGCUGCCAGUGUUGCACAAGCUUCAUCUUCACUCUUGGACUCACCUCUCUCUUCAUGUGGCUUAGCCUUCGUCCUUCUUCACCCUCCUUCUACAUACAGAACUUCUACGCCCCUGCCCUGAACAACACCACCAACACCACCGGUGCCACCAUUAACACCACCAUAAGCAUCGAUUUCAAAAUCAAAAACACCAACAAGGACAAGAGAGUUUACUACGAUGCCCUUAACAUCACCCUCUAUUAUCCCCAAAACCAAAGCAUCCCCGUUGGGAACACUUCGGUACCAGAGUUCCAACAGGGCCAUCACAAGACGGCCUCGAAGCCGGUGACCGUUCAGCCGGUGGAGAUUUCUUGGGAAGAUGCAGUGAAGAAUGUUUCGUCAAACGGGACGGUGCGUUUCACGGUGUAUUUGGCAACUUCUGUGAGGUAUAAGAUCAUUUGGUGGAUAACGCGAAGGCACAGGAUGAAGGUCCACGUAGAUGUGAACGUUGACAAGCAAGGCAAGCAAAUUGAAGAGAAACAUAUCAAGCUGAAAUCCGCCGCGCACGACGGCGGUAGUCACCGGCCCAGUUUCUCUGGGUUGUCGGCUUUUUUCUUCGUUUUGCUUACUGUUUGGUAGUUAAAAAGUUCGUUAAUUUAACUGUCGAAGCAAUUCAUCAAUUCCAAUCGGUAGCACCGAUUUACCCGGGCGCCUGAACCAUCUGCUUGGAGUUUCGAGGGCUGCGACGAAGACAUUUUUAAUGUAAGUAGAUCUUGGCCGUUGGAUAUUAUAAGAGACGGUACACUGAUUAAAAAAAGGUGGGCCACGAAAUACUAACCUAGGAAUUUACAAGUAACAGCCAGCAGGGGAAGAGACCAAAUCAGGUUCAAGUAUGAUAUUGUUUGUUCUCAAGGCCGGUACGUGUACUUGAGGUCAUGAUUACAUUGAAUUUAAUAUGAUCGGAAAUAUAAGACUUUUGUGAUGAUAAUAAUACGACUUUGUAUAUUUUGUGUUAAAUGAGACCACUUGUGUCAAACUAAGAGGGUGAGGUAUUUAGAGACUCGAGAGUUUUGAUGAACCUGUUUCAGGAACAAUUGCUUAG